CAUUCGCAUUUUUGGCUUAUCCAAACAGAGAUUCUACACCUUUCAAAGAAUUUUAUAAUAUGCCCGAAGUUAAAACGGUUUUACGUGGUACCUUGAGAUAUCAGGGAUUUACUUCUUUUGUCAAAGUUUUGGUUGAUAUUGGUUUGCUAGAUGAUUCCAAGCAAGAUUAUUUGUCUCCUAACGCGCCUGAUAUUGCUUGGAAAGAUGUUCUUGCUAACGUAAUUGGAAUAUCCAGUAAUUCAGAGUCUGACUUUCGCAAGCAUAUUGCUCGUAAAGUUCCAGAAAUUUCUGGUGAAGAGCUUGAGCGAAUAUUUAGGGGCUUCAAGUGGUUAGGCCUGUUUUCUGAUGAAAAAGUUCAUCGUAAAGAUAAUUUACUUGAUACACUUUGUGCUACCCUGGAAGAAAAAAUGCAAUAUGGAGAAGGAGAAAGGGAUAUGGUCAUUCUACAACAUAAAUUUGAGAUUGAAACCAAAAAUGGAGAGAAGGAAACUUUGACUUCAACCCUUCUGGAAUAUGGCAACCCUCCUGGCCCAUCUGCAAUGGCUAAAUUGGUUGGAACGCCAUGCGGAAUUGCU